AUGACCCUCGUCCGUCUCCCUCCAGUAUUGCUUCCACUCCGGUUUGUCAGGGGGGCGACGAUAAAUUCUCUUUUUAGGGGACAAUGUGGCGUGGGCGCUCUACUCUGUGACCCGGGCAGCCAUCCUGUCGUACAUUCUGCGUGUGGAAGCCUGUGGAAGCUAUCUUUGGCCGCGUACAGGCUUCGGUUUCGGGGUAGACUACACGAUUAUUUCACCAAUUCACUAUCUUUGUAUGCGGCGUCACCUUGUGUGGGUCGGCCACGUUCCAAUUGAGUUCAUAUACUUGACUAGCGCGUAUCUUGCGAAGUAGCGUGUGCACUCACUGCAUUUCAUCUUUAACGCAGGCCUUCCUGCGCCUCAAUGCGCCAGCUGACCAGAGGUUUGAGUUCGCCGUCUCUACGAGUUUCGCUCAACGAGUGCGCUGAUUACAAUCACAG